GGAGAAGCCCAGACUGCUGUCUGGCUGCGUGGCUCUCUGCGUGCGAACUUAAGAGUGCGAGCUGCGAGGGCCCAGCACGGGAAGCCAUAGAGAGAUGAACUGGGUCGGGGGCUCACGGACCAGGGUUCUGAUAAAGCAGGAAAGAAGAAAACAGAAGGAAUACUUUGAAAAGAACAAGUUAAAAUCAAAAAAGGAGUUGCUAGGAGUUUUUUCACCUGUCAAGAACCCUACUGUCAGUUUAGACCUUCUUAAUCUGUAUAUGGUAAAUCAGAUAUCUUCUAAGAAGAAAACACCUGAAACCACGAAAAGACCAACUCAUGUGGAUAUGAAUAGAGAUUUGAAAAUUCCACUAAGAAAGCAUGAUUUAGAACUUCCAAUGUCACCUCACUGUGUACCUUCUAAACUGUGCAUUGAUGACAUGGAAAAGAAUGUACCCUAUCAAAGACUAUGUAGCAAGGAAGAAACUGGUCCAGUUCAGUCAUCACAAGACAUGAGCUCAUACAGAAUGUUCAACAAAACAGAAAACUGCAGUUAUAUUCUGCCAUCUUUUCCAGCAGAAUUACCUUCUAACAGACAUAUUCCAAACCAAAACUCCACCCCAAGGAUAGCACUAAAUCCUCAGAAAUUUACAUCUGAAAAAAACCAAAAUGAUCAGUUCAGUAAUGGAACAUUUUCUGAUUCCUUAUUUUCCAAAUUAAAUAAACAUCAAGAUAUUUUCAGUUCAUCUCAAAAAGCAGCAGAGUUUGGAGCCUCAUAUGAGAGAAUGAACAGUUCAGAAACUGGUGAUUUCCUUACUAAAAGACCUGUGAUUCUGGGUGAAGAUUGUGGAAGCCUGUGUGAAAGAAGACAGCCAGACUUUGCUAUGGAAAAAACAUCAGUGCAACAGAUUUGGGGGAGUAAUGGGAAAGCUUUCUCUAAUUUUCUUGAAGAUGUGGUCCAGCCAACUCAGAGACAUCUGUCAUCCAAUCAUGACUCAGAUGUGUUUGUUAGUCACAACAUGAUCAAUUUAUUAAGCAGAGAUCAGCCAGGGAGAAUGCCAACCUUACAUAAGUGUGGCUAUGGUAGUUUGAGCGACACCUGUGUAGUUUCUUCUGAUGAAAGCCAUUCCACUGGUGGGUUCGUCAAAGGGAAUUUUCCAGUUCCACAGGCAACUUUUCAUAAUCCUCCACUUAAUACAAGUUAUUUAGGAACAUGUCAGUCAAAGAAGCCCCCUUACCAGAAGGAGUACAGCAAUAGAGAAAUACAUGAAUUUAGAAGAUCUUUUGAGACAGAUUGUCACCCAACUAGCCGUGGAAGAAAAGGAAAAAUUGAAAGUGAUGACCAAGAGAAAGCACUGCAGAGAAAUACCUGGGAAUACCCCGUGUACUCUACGGGUGAUAUUCGUUUGAAAGAAUUACAUCAUAAGCAGUCAUGUGAUUUUGACCGUAAUGAGAUCCCAAUGGAAGGAAGAGGAAUUUGUCCUUUAAAAGGGAAGUCAAUGUCUGCUGAGAAAAUCUAUCUGGAGUCUUCGCAGAGCAGCCAGUCAGCCAGCUACUCUCCACAGCCCACCGAAAGUACGUUCGGCUCCACUUCUGACUUGAUAUCUGAAGAUGAAGAUCAGACACAGCAGCAACCUGAAGAGUCAAUUAAGAAAGCCACAGAAACAACUGAUGUUUUUUGUCUCGAGAAGGAGGAAGAGCAUUUAGGUGACAUAACUGUGAAAAAUAAGGUCAAAAUUCAUAAACAGAAAGAUAAUUUUCCCCAGUCUUCAGUGAAGAAUAAUACUGAUACAUUUCCAGUGUCUCCGCACAAUUCAGAAUACAUCUCACAAAACAAGACCAGUAACGAUUGUGUACUUCAGGCUAGCAGGUGUGACUUAGGGGUACAGACAGAAAAAGAGCUGCUUCUGGGGACAACAGCAGAUGUUGCUGUACAGUGUAGCAUAAUUUCCCAGUGUUCAUGUAAAAGUAGUCCCGAUGUUCCUGUAACAGAGGUCACUUCCCUUCAGAAGGCUGACAGCUGCAGUGAAGAUAUUAUUGCACAUACCACUGGAGGGCAGGACACACUUGCAGAUAACUCACUCUAAAAUCUCAGUUUAGGAUGUAGUAUUUCAUUUAAUCUUGGAAGGCAACAGGAAGUGUUUAGAUCUUCAUUAAUGUAAUAAGUAAUGAGAAAAAUGAGGCUGAGCAUAAAGGGGAAUUUCUAAGUUCUGAUGUUUGUAAUUUUAGUAUUUCUGUUUUUAAUAUUUUAUGUAGGCAUUUUAAAUAACAUUAUUUAUAGAAAUUUACAUAUAUAUGUUGCCAUUUUCCAUAUAUAUGUUGCCAUUCUCAUCUUUAUUUGGAUUAAAAAUGUAUGUAACUGCUUUA